GAUCUAACGGAGUUCCGAGCGUAACGCUGUGUGCGAGUACCAUUGUUACUAGUGACUCUUCUCCUCCACGAUCGAUUGCGUUCCGUCUUGUUCGUCAACUUCUCCCCAGUGGAGCUCCUCAGUGCCGGAAAUAUCAUGUUGACGUCUGCCAGUCGCGACUGCUGAACUCGGUGUAUUCGAUCAGCGACAGCUUCCGUCCCAGAACUUCCAAGAAACACAAUGGAAAAGCAGUGCACCAUGUGAAGAGCAAGCGACAUCGAGUUGAGAUUUCGAUGUCUCGACACUUCAUCUAGUCACCUCACAAACCAGAAGCAUGAAGUUUUCGCUCAACCACAAACGGGCGCUCACCAAGUUCUUCAGAUGUCUGGUGAUUGUGAUUCUGUCGGGCACGGUGUGCGUAAACGUCAUGUUCAUCAUGGACGUCAAUCACAAACUCAAAGAAGAAGGUCUAGACGAUUCGAUAAAUUCGCUCGCCGCCGGCGAUUCAGUUGACCUCACGCCCCGAGCCCUCACAAUUGAAGUAUUCUCAUCGCAUUCGAAAGUCAGCGUCAUUGUCGACGGAACUGUGAUUCUUGAGGAUUCAGCCGAGAAAGGCGGUAGAGGAAUUCAUGUAUUGGUUCUUAAUCAGGCGACGGGGGCCGUGAUGGCACAGCGUCUAUUCGACACCUACUCGCAUCACGAAGACGAAAUGAUGGCAUUCUUCUUGAAUAUGGUGUCGGACGGUCGCAUAAUAAUCUUCGCCAUCAAGGACGAGGGCACUUUCCAAAUGAAACAGCCGGCCAGAGAUCUUUUGAAGAAACUCGGGAGCACAAAGGGUCAGAGCAUCGCCUGGAGAGACAUGUGGGCGAUGGUCUGUCGGAAGGGCGGCACCAGCAGCGAACAGAGAAGCAUCAACUACGGUGAGACGUAUUCAAAAAGUCCCGAGUUCAACUCGUGGGGCGCGCCAGUCUACCUGAAGGCCGAGGUUCCCCUCGUGCCGCUCGAGGACACUCAGUGCUCGAGAUGGCCCGACUCUCAAGAGACGAGUCGGCGGAAGGCUUUUUGCAAUCGGAUCGAGGGCUACGGCUCCAUUUGCUCGUGCGAUUCGCCGGCGCCGCUUACGUUCGCGCCGACGCCGUUGCCCGUUAAUAAUGUGUCCGACGUGCCUGUGGUGAUCUUGGCAUCGAACCGACCCCACUACCUCUACCGGAUGCUGCGAACGCUGCUCAACACGCCCGGCGUAAACCAAUCGGCGGUCACGGUGUUCAUCGACGGCUACUACGAGGAGCCUCUCCAAGUGACCAAGCUGCUCAAUGUGCGAGGGGUACAACACACGCCGAUCGGGCUGCGGAACGCCCGCGUGUCACAGCACUACAAAGCCUCGCUGACAGCGACGUUCUCGAUGUUCCCCAAGGCCGAGUACGCGAUCGUUAUCGAGGAGGAUCUGGACGUGUCGCCGGAUUUCUUCUCCUAUUUCAGCCAAACCGUUCACCUCCUCAAGGAGGAUGACAGCCUCUAUUGCAUAUCCGCUUGGAACGACCACGGCUACGAGCACUCAGCCCAGGAUCCGGCGUUGCUCUACCGAAUCGAUGGGAUGCCCGGUCUGGGCUGGAUCCUCAAGCGCUCCUUGUACAAAGAUGAACUCGAGCUCAAAUGGCCCUCGGCCGACAAACCGUGGGACUGGGACAUGUGGAUCCGGCAGCCACGUGUCCGGAAGGGGCGUGAAUGCGUCAUACCCGAUAUCUCGCGAACAUAUCAUUUUGGAUCGCAAGGCAUCAACAUGAACCCCUACUUCCAGGACAUGUACUUCACCAAGCACGCUUUCAACAAUCUGCCGAAUGUGAAGCUGCGGGAUGUUGACUCACUCAAGAAGGACGCCUACGAGGCCGAGCUCACGAAGCUCCUCUCGAGAGCGAAACCCGUCGAUCACAGCAAAUCUCCCUGCGAGGCGGAUAUCGUGCCGAAGGCCUCGUCCACUGUAUAUGUGAUGUAUAUAGGCCAGUCGACGUGGCUGGAAGUCGCAAAAUGUCUGAGGGUUUGGGAUCUCGAUGGCCGAGGUUUCCAUCGAGGUCUUUGGAGACUUUUCCUCAACGGACAUCAUCUACUCGUCGUUGAAGUGCCAAGUUCCCCUUACUCGUCUUUCAUGCCGGCUCGGGUGACUCCUAUUACUCUCCCGAAAGAAGUUUCUUCGUCCGCCAAAAGUUAAAUCGUUCAAGUCGGCGGCAAGAAACGUUGUUAAGAAUCUCUGCGGUACACGGUGCGGGAGCGAUGCGGAAGACGCUCGACGAACAUCUGAACCGCGGAAAAUUCGAAACACUCCCCCGCCCUUCGAUCGUCGAGGGGAGAGUUUCACAUGAAGAGGAGACAUAUGAUCUGACGGGAGAUGGACCCUCACGUAUAGAACAAAAGAUUUGCCCGAACUGCGGCUUCGUGUAUUUAUUGUACAGUUCUUAUAGGUAGAUGAACGGAUGGAAGGAAUUAAAUAAAUGAAUACCUUUAA